AUUUUAAUAAAACAUUUAUUGAAUAUUCAAUGGGUUUGGUUUUCUUUAUUAGCAGUGCUUGUCAUCCAUGUGAUACUUAAAAUGGCUAUAUUCAACGUUUCUUAACUACAGUUAUUUAUAGUAUAUUACUUGAUGUGUUUAACAACUAGCCCACCAUACCAAGUCAUACAGACCAAAUCUCUUGAAAAUUACUCGGGCUAGGUCUGUUAAAAAAUAUUAAGUAUUUGAUAAUUGAGGGAUGCAUUUUCAAUAUGUUAAUUAAUACAACAAAAUAUUUGGUCCAACAGACCAAAUCUACAAUGGGAUUCAAAAAGAUUUAUCUCUCAGAAAAUCUGCAUGACUACAUUUUUCAAAAAUACAACUUCAUAAUUAAUUUGCUGUGAAAUUUUCACAACUUAGCAACAUAGCCAUAAUAUUAUGUCUGCUUAGCAACGGCCAAGGGCGUUUUUAUCAACACUUCAUUCUUCUUAUCAUUCUGGUAUAGAUUUACUAAGCGAUAGAUAGGUUAAAUCUGUUCUGUAGUAUAUUGGACAAUUAUUUUAUUAUAUUUAAUCAAACUGUUAUUAUUAUUGUUUUUAAAAUUAUAUAAUAAUUUUAUUUAACUUGUUAGUCGCUAUGUCACUGAACAUUUUCUCUUAUUAAUUUUGCUAUAAAUCAAUAUGACAGAACUUGCAAACCGAGAACUUGUAACCAAAGUCAAAACUUCGCUUGGUAAAUUUAUUAGUAAACCUCAACUCACGGAGAAAUUAUUGAGUAAACCACCGUUUAAAUUUCUUCACGAUAUAAUUACAAAUGUAAUUCGCAACACUGGUUAUCUGUCAGGAGUAUUUAAUGAUGAAGAAUUAAAAUCCCAAAAUGUAUCCACGAAAGAUACAAAAAUAAAAUUCUUGAAUAAAUUAAUUAAGUUUCUUCAAUCUGGUACAAAUGAAACAAUUACGGCAAAGCCUUCCAAAAUUGUUGCCGGCCUCGAGGUUACAAAGACAUUAGAGUUAUUACUGGCAAUAGUAAAUGGAAUAGAGACAAAAAAACAAUCUGUUAAAGAAUCUUGUCAAUCGACUACAAAACCAAAACUCAAAGAACCAGUCAAAAGCAAUAUAAAAAAUAAUAAUAAACCUAAAAUAUUGGAAAAAACCCUUUUGACAGAAAAAAAACUUAAAGAUAGUUUAGACGGUCAUUUGGAAAAUGUGCAAAAGAGCAUCGACAAUACCUCAUUAAAAGUUGACGAUGAAUCAAAAAGUAAAACAACCGAUACCACUGUAAAACCUGAAAUAGGUGAAAAAUGUCUAGAAGUCAAAGCAGAAGAAGAGGAAAAUAACUCUGUUAAGAAAAAAGAAAUCACCAAUGGGAAGCUACUAUUGGACAGUAAGCCUGAACAUGAAAAACUGACACCUGAAAACGAUGCUGAAGACAUUCAACUUCGAAAACUAAACGAAUCGACCAAUAUCAGUAGACCAUCAAGACCGAAAAGCUCCAGACCUCCGGCUCCUAAUAGACGAUUACAUUCCAGUACCUUAUCUGAAAUUCCCAAGUAUUCAGACAACUUUUUUUCAAAAAAUGAUGACAAGUUAAAUGAUAUAGAUGAUAAUAUUGUUACAAUCGAACUAGUAAAUGAUGCAAAACUUUCAAAUGAUAUUAACCUUCAAGUUGAUGAUCAAGGUCAUCUUGUUUCACAAAUACUUCAUACGCAAGAAGAGUUUGACACAAAAAAAAAACCUGAUCCUACUAAAGUUGAAUGGGAAGGAAAACAUGUCAAGGACAAAGAAGUAUUAGCUAAAGAAAUGAGCACUGUUAAACAGUACAUUCAGGCUAUUACCAAAUCUGCUAAUCCGUUAAGUAAACUUGUGAACAACAUGCAAGAAAACAUUGAUCAAAUGAACCGAGAAUUGAGUUAUUGGAAAAAUUUUAACCAGCAAACCAAUGAAAAACUAGAAUCCGCACAACGUAUUGCUGAAGAAAAGAUCAAUCCAAUGUUUUUUCUAUUAGAAAAACUGAAAACCGAUAUUAAUGAAGAAAUGGAAAUGACAGAUUACGCUAAAGCUAAUAUUAUUAAAAACAAAGCUCGUAUUAACUAUUUGAUUUCAGAGCGAUUUACAAUGAAAAAAUAAUUAUUUUUUGUACCGAAAGUAUUUUGUCAUGUUGAUGUAUUAAUAACAUCUUAAGAGCAAGGCUAACUCUAGUCAUAAUUAUAAAUGUAUAAUAGACAAUUAAAUAAUUUAGUUAAUAAACCUAAAACACAAUAUGGAAGUUAAAUAAAAAAA